CUCCAGGCUUCAUAUACACCCCAGAGAGAGCAAAGAAAGUAUUCCCGCUGUUGAACAUGGAUACCCCUCUAACACUGCGACGAGGCAGGAGACAGUCUGAACCAAGCAAGCAGAUCCAGGCAGUGAUUGAUCAGAGUGGAACACAGCUGAAGUAUACGGGCAGUGAUGACGAUCUACUCUCCAACAUGGAGACACUGAGUUUACUGGGCAGUGCCACUACACUGGCAUCCAGCGUGGUGGAGCUGGAGGUCGGCGCGGAAGCCAAGUCUGGAGAGUCGGGUUCACCAGAAACGCCUCAUCGCCCAUCCAGAGAUGAGGCCUCCCUAGAGCGAAUAGUCCAGAGUGCUACGGAGAAGCAGGAGGAUGCUGAACAGUACGAAGAAGGCCCGGAAUUUUGCGGCAUCGGCAACAUCGAUUUGGAGAUGGAACAGAUAUUUGCGAACAUGGAGCUGUUGCAGAAGAAAACGUCGGAAGGUCUGGGCGCCAUUGUAGAGGAGCCCUCGUUUCAACUCCGAACGGUAAACGGGGAUGACUCUCUGCUGGAUGUUUAUGAAGAUGCAGAUGUCGAAGUGUCCGAGAUUUCGCUGCUAGACAUGGCCUACGUCAAUGGAACAGAGGGAUGUGAAACCUACAACAGUGAGUCCUCCGAAGACAAUGACCUUCAGAGACAAAGAAGGAAUGUGAACAAUUUGGAAUCACUGGGCGAGAUGGACCAAGUUGGCCGGGACUCUCAAGAUGUUGGCUCAUUUGCCAAUGGAAGGUUGACCUGUGAGGGUCAGAGGUCACUACUGGACCAUGAAGACCACCACAGUUCCCACCAUGACAGUGAGGAGACCCUACCAGGGAGGGAGGACGGUUUUAAAGUUAAUGGCUGUCCCGUAGCGAUGAGGUCAGAAAGUCCUGUCCAGGAGGAGUUUGGGGAGGAAGCCCCCAGUAAUGGCCACGCCGAUCGGUUGGCCAAACCAAACGCAGCCAAGAAGGACUCAGUCCAGAUGGAAAAUGACCGGCUGCUAAUUGAGAAGAUCAAGAACUAUUACGAGUCGGCAGAGAUGGCCAACGACCAAUCCCACCUCCAACGAAGAGAGAGCAUCUCCUUCAUACCGACUGGCGUGGUGAGGGACUCUGUCCUGUGGUUCAAUUACAAGACGGCGCACGAGAGCAUUCAAGAGGCGCCAAGCGAGAAGGUUCCUGGCAGCGAUCGCCCGUCGGUCAGUGCACCAGGCGCGGGUUCAGAGCCCCGCUCCCAAUCGAGGGAUGGUCAGCUCCAGCUGGGCUCUGUCCGAGUGCUCCCGGAGCCCCCUGAUGGCACUGACCCGCCGCUGAGCCAACGGCCCACAGAGGCCGAACCGGAGCCGGAGUUCAAAUCCUCAGCCGAAAUUCUCAAGGUUUGGCGAGAAAUGGAGAAAGCAGCUCAUUUCUGCCACAAACAUGAGUCUUGGAAUGGCUGUGGUAAAGCACUGGAUAAGAACAAGGGCCCACCCAGCUCCCGGCAGCCGGGCUACAGCGAGCCUCUGCUAAUCCUGGAGGACUCUGACCUCAGCCCCUCCACGGAAUUCCCCGGAGCGUCAGCCGACGAGGUGAAGCAGGACCCAACGGACAGGAAGCCUGGGCUGAAAGUCGGCCUGGGAGGCAAGACCGGUCCAAGCGACAAUGUGACCUACGGACCUUGGUGUGUCGGCCAAGGCACGCCGCUCUGUGGAGAUAUCGAUGGCUGCCUCUUCCAGAACUCCGAGAAAAUCAUGAACAAGGUCCAGUUGCUGGCCAAAAUGUACAGCCAGCGAAUCAGCAGGAAGAAAGCAGCCAUGCCGAGGAGGAUCUGGGAACUCGAGCCCGAGGCGAGAGCAGAGUACAAGCAGUGGAAAAGGAGACCGGCACUGAAACUGACCAGGGCCCGCGAGGUCUAUCAAGAGAUGGAAAGUGACGAUGAAGUUGUGGCACUACAGCAGUCAGCUCCAUACGCACAUCUGGUCAUUCAAGAUCCAAUCCCUAUCCUCUAUGCCCAGGAAAACAUUGUCCAGCUCUCUAUUUCCAAAGCCAAGUCUGAAACCUCCAACCUCCAGCUUCACGGUACCAGAGAAAGUUCAUUGUCAAGGCAAGGGACCAAGUCAACGUUGCAAGCCAUCACCUCACAGGACAGCUCCUCUCCCACGAGCCCUCAGUCCCCCAAGGUUACCUCUCCCGAGUCACUGCCUCUCAGGUUGAGCGCUGAGCUUCCUUCUUUCGUUCAGUUUAGCUCGAGACCCCAUGGCUCCUCAUCACCAAACCUGCCAGCGUCUGGAGGUGGCCCCUCGUUGACUACAGGUUUCGGAGCACAGUCACCUACCUCAGAAAGUCUGGGGCACGUUCCACACAGUCCCCUCCCGGCACGUGCAACCAGGCCUGGUCCUCCCCCAUCCCAGACAGGCCCCAGAGCAUCCUCCCCCACCUCCGGUCGUUCCAGCCCAGUGUCACAAGGUUCAAAGGAGCACAUUCCAUCUCUGUCCCGGGUCAGAUACGGGAAGCAGAUUCCGGUCUCGGAUUGGUUGGAUGUAGCGCUGGACAGAUCACCGCCAACAGGCACCCGGCCAACGAAAACGCAAGCCCCUCCAUCACAGACUCCCGGUGACCCUCGGCCUCCGUCUGCUCUGCCCUGUAACCCCCACGAGCUGAUCUCCAACCCCAGGCUUGUGGGCGGUGUCGCCGACGCGGAGAACACGCUCCAGGGGGGCUGUGCGGCAAAGGCGGGUUCAGCGGAGAGCCCGACUGGUCUGUUGGGUGGAGUCUCAGUGGCUCGGUCGCUGUCCUGUCCGGCCUGCGGUGCGCCACACGAGGCUGUUCUGCCCAAACCUGGCGUCUCGCUGGCGUGCGCCGUAUCUGAGUUCUGCUGCUCGCUGCCACCAUGGGUCAGCCUGCGGGGCAGGUCCCCGUCCCCCUCUGCCAUCAGGCAGCUCGAGCAGUCCUCAAAACCCCCCCGGGGUGCUGCGCCUCUGGCCCGCCCCACCCACACGGCCCAGCCGUCUCCCUCCCUGGGUCCUGAGGCCAAGUCGCCUUGCUCCCUCCAGGUGCGGGCGGCCCCCCCGCCUUGCCUCACGCACUCUCGGGGGCCAGUGUGCCCCCCCAGCUCUGACAGGCGGGCCGUGAUCCCAGGGGACAGUGUGGAGAGCCAGCCCGUUUCACUGAGCCUUCAGUUGCGAUCGCCCUCACCCUUUCGAUGUCAGCAGAGGCACCCCCCACGGGUGCUGGACACAGCAGGCACCAAGCAAGGCGAAGAUCUUCCAAAGUUCAGCAAUCAGGGGCCUACCUCCUUCCAACUCUGCACAGCCACUGGCCCCUCGGUCCACUCCCUCUCGCCCCGUGCUAGCCCUCCACUGGGGCAGGCCGUCUCCCUACCUGCCACCAAGCGAUGCGCGCCUUCCCCACCCCUCCCCAUCUCCAGGCCCCCGUUCCCAAGAGGGAGGGUCAACUCCUUACCUUCGCUCGGUGGGCCUACGGCCUACAACUGUGACAAAGCAGAGCAGGGGCCGUCCUCAGAUUCCGGCCUCGGGGUCUGCUUACUCCUGUCGCUGCCCGUUAAUUCACAGGCACCCCCCACGGUCAGCUUCUGCUCAAAUCGACCCCUGAGGGGGUCGCGGGAGCAAGGCUCGUUCUCCGACGGGUCUAACUCCAGGCCUCAGUCUCCCGUCGAUCGGACCUUUCCGGAGCCAGGCCAGAGGUUACGUUCCCCGUCCCCGCCAUCUGCAUCCCAGAUAGGAUCCUCCUCUCCACAUCAUUCCACGUUCCCGACACAAGCUGACAGAAGGAUCAGGGGCCGGCAUCCCUCGGAAAACACUGAGUUGGCAGCCUCCCCUCAGGCAAGCUCGACGCUUUGCUCAUCUGCCGCCAAUCCAGAACUUUCCGUCAGCCCUCAGCCUCACGUCGCUCCCAGGCGUCAGCCCCCAGCUCGCUGCGAGACCCCCAAAGACCCGGCCUGCUCCAACAGAGCCCACUCCGACGGCCUGCCUCCGAGCGCUGGCCUGUUGCAGGCAUCUCCAGGGGCAACCACCCCCAACUCAGCGCCAAUUUCCCCUCGACGCAGGCACUCCGUCGGCGUCCUCAGCCCUAUGCCCUUCCCCAGCCCCAGGGUCCGCUCCCCGGUGCCUGUCAUGGGGGUCAGCUCCACUUCCCCGGAAAGGCCCACCUCCAGGUGCCCAUCUCCGUCGCCCUCCCAGACCUCCUCACGGUCAGGGUCUCCUAUCCCGCUCUGGGUCGGUCUGCAGGGCCAAUCACCCAUCUUGCCCUCAUCCUCAGGCCCGUUGUGUCAGAGCCCCACGGUAAUGUCUGCCCCUUUCUCCCCUCCCACUCCCUCCAGCCCAGGGAGAUGGGCCCACCGCUCCGUGACUCAGCAAAUGGGCAACAGCUCUUGUCUUGGCAUCAAGGGACAAUGGAGCGGCCCGUUGGGUGAGAGUGUUGGCAAAGGCUGUGCCCGGGAGAGAUUGGACCACGAGGAGCACCCUGGCCGACAGCCUGAGGUUGGAGGUUUCACUGGGGAUCCAUCAUCUGAGGAGCUGGUUAUGGCCAUCGCUGGCCCUCCGUCGGUCACCGCCACAGGAGGUUCUCCGUGUUGCCAGGAGACUGAGCGAGAGGAGGAAGAAGAUGGGGAGACGUUGACGAGAGGGGGGUCGGCUCGCCCUCCGAGCGCCAACCCUGCCAGCGGUCAGGUGGAGUGGUGCAACAUUCCAAGGCCUGGUAGGAGCACGAGUGAAGCGAGUGCGGGCAGAGAGAAAGGGAACAUGAAGACCAGCUAUUCCACCACAGUGAACCUACAGAUCGGAGGCACUGGGAAGAGAGCGACUUUCAGCAGAGCUCAGGUCAGUUUAACCCAGAUGUUCCUUCCAGCAGCUGGGCAAUCGGUCAGGAAGGUCAGCGGCAGCAGCGGAAUGACACAGACAACGUGAUCACAAACAAGGCCAAUGGCAAAACUACAAACUGCCAAAGAACCUCAUUUUUAUCCCCCGACAGUAUGUUGUGAAGAGCAGGCACAGACACUCGCUCACACUCACACACUCACACAGUCACACAGUCACACACACUCACACACACACUCUCACACACUCACACACUCUCACUGACUCACACAC